ACGGUCCUCUAUCAUACUUAAGCGCAAUACUCUUAGUCGACCCCUCAACCACUACCCGAUCAUUACCAUUUGAUCCUUCCGCGACAAUGAGCUUCCAACAGCAGUACGAGCAGUACCAGGGCCAACAGCCCGGCGAGCAAGGCCCCAACCCCAACGUCUCGCAGACCGACCUUGGGCAGCCCAUGGACCAGUCCGGCGGCUUCCCUCCCCAGGGCCAAAUGGGUCCUCCUGGCAGCGCUGGCCCCGACGGCAACGGCCAGGGCGCCGGCAAGACCACCCUCUGGAUGGGUGAGCUCGAGCCUUGGAUCGACGAGAACUUCGUGCGCAGCAUCUGGUACAACAUGGGCGAGACCGUCAAUGUCAAGAUGAUCCGCGACAAAUUCUCUGGCAGUAACGCUGGAUACUGCUUCGUUGAUUUCGCCAGCGCCGACGCUGCGGCCAAGGCCCUUAGCCUCAACGGCCAGCUCAUCCCUAACUCCAACCGCCCCUUCAAGCUCAACUGGGCCUCUGGCGGUGGCCUUGCCGAUCGCAGCCGCGAUGAGCGUGGUCCCGAGUACUCCAUCUUCGUUGGAGACCUUGGCCCCGAGGUCACCGAGUUCGUCCUUGUCCAGCUCUUCCAGAACAAGUACACCUCGACCAAGUCUGCCAAGAUCAUGUCCGACCCUAUCAGCGGCAUGUCGCGCGGCUACGGAUUCGUGCGCUUCGCCAACGAGGAGGACCAGCAGAAGGCGCUCACCGAGAUGCAGGGUGUCUACUGCGGCAAUAGGCCCAUGCGCAUCAGCACCGCGACCCCCAAGAACAAGAGUGGUGGACCCGGUGGCCCUGGCGGUAUGAACAUGCAGCAGGGUGGCGGCGGCCCUGGCAUGGGCAUGUACUCCAUGGGUGCUCCCCCUAUGGGCUACUACGGCGCUCCCCAGCCCAUGAACCAGUUCACGGACCCCAAUAACACCACCGUCUUCGUCGGCGGCCUUAGUGGGUACGUCACCGAGGAUGAGCUUCGCUCUUUCUUCCAGGGCUUCGGCGAGAUCACCUACGUCAAGAUUCCCCCGGGUAAGGGAUGUGGUUUCGUCCAGUUCGUGCAGCGUCACGCCGCCGAGAUGGCCAUCAACCAGAUGCAGGGCUAUCCCAUCGGCAACUCGCGCGUCCGCCUCAGCUGGGGACGUUCGCAGAACAACUCUGGCCCUGCUGGUACUCCUUACCGUCCGGCUCCUCCCCCACCAGUCUUCGGCCCCGGCAUGGGCAUGCCUCCUCAGCACCCCGGAUACGGAGGUGGUUUCGCUCCCAUGAAGUAAGCGCAUUCUUUCUCUCUGUAUUGCUUGCACGGCGCUCUUCCAUGGUUUACUCCGUUGGGUUACUGCAAUGAUCCCUUUUAUGACUCGUCACACGACCUUCGAGCGAUUUGGUUCCUUUCUAUACCUGGGUGGUUCUCCAAAAGUUCUAAGUUCAUUUGACGACCCCGAUUUUGCACGAGGGCCUAGAAGGGAGUCUUUGUAUAACAGGUCAUCUUUCUGCCCGCGGGUUUUCUUUCGGAGCUGGCUACUUCUCAAGGAG